CGGAAACGGGGUGCCAUCUUGUUCCUGUCCCAAAGUGUUUGUGGAGAAAAGGGUCAGAAUCAGAGAGAGAAGAGAAAUCUCGGGGUACAGCGAAAUUAAACAUACCCCCGAAAACAAACACCCGAACAUCGGCUUCAUCUGUUCAGAAAGCGGGGCGAUGGCGGCCCGGUGCAGCUGAGAGCCGGGAGGGAGGGUCUCUCUGACUCGAUGUCUCCAGGGUGCUGCUCAAACAACGUGAGAAAAGGAAAGAGCGAAACAGCCCUCCGAUAAAUCGAGUGCGAAUCACAAACCAGGCUGACCGCUGUGGAGAGAACGACAGAGCGAAGAAAAAACAAGAGGAGUGGCCCACAGUACAGGUGCAACGAGAGGGAGCGAGAGAGGGAAUACAGAGAGAUGAGAAACUGAGCGGAGGGAAGGAAACUAAAAAGCAACGGAGAAGAAGAGAUCUGCAGAAACGACCAACGCUAACCAUAGAUACUAACUGAAGAAGAAAGGAUUUUAAUAUAUUUAUUUACAGAGAGAGAGACAAGCAGACAGAGACACACACACAAAUACACACACACACACACACACACACAGAGAGACAGAAACAACAAGACAGUCAUAUAUACACAGUGACAGACACACAGACAGAGACAGACACAGUCACCCCUUCUCUCUCACUCCUCUGUGUGUGUGUGACCCCCCUCGCACCCCCCGCUCCUCGUUGCCAUGUCGACCUCCUCGCUGCGACGGCAGGUCAAGAACAUCGUCCACAACUACUCUGAGGCAGAGAUCAAGGUCCGUGAAGCCACCUCUAAUGACCCAUGGGGUCCAUCCAGCUCUCUCAUGUCCGAGAUCGCUGACCUCACCUACAACGUGGUGGCCUUCUCCGAGAUCAUGAGCAUGGUGUGGAAGAGACUGAACGACCACGGCAAGAACUGGAGACACGUGUACAAGGCGAUGACUCUGAUGGAGUACCUCAUUAAGACCGGGUCGGAGCGCGUGGCUCAGCAGUGCAGAGAGAAUAUCUAUGCGGUGCAGACGCUGAAGGACUUCCAGUACAUCGACCGGGAUGGGAAGGACCAGGGUGUGAACGUUCGUGAGAAAGCAAAGCAACUCGUAACAUUGCUGAAGGACGAGGAGAGGCUGAAGGAGGAGAGAGUGCACGCCCUGAAAACCAAGGAGAAGAUGGCAUCCUCAGCUCCAACACUGUCUGGAGUGGGCGGAGUAGGCGCGAGUGCUCCGAUGGCAGGGGGCGUGUCUGGAGGAGGGGGUGUGGCCGGAGACCCAGAGCAGGCGUGGCCUCAGAGCAGCGGAGAGGAAGAUCUGCAGCUUCAACUCGCACUGGCCAUGAGCAAAGAGGAGGCUGAACAGUUGUCGGCUCCGCCCCCUCGGACGGACGAUGAGCUGCAGUUGCGAGUGGCUCUCAGUUUGAGUCGUGAGGAGCAUGACAAGGAGGAGCGUUUGAGACGAGGGGAUGAUCUUCGCCUGCAGAUGGCCUUGGAGGAGAGCAAGAGAGAGAAAGCCAAACCUGAAGAGUCCUCUCUGAUGGACCUGGCCAGUGUUUUCCCCGCCUCUGCGACCUCUGUGAGCCCGGCUGACCCCUGGGGGGGUGGAGCCACUCAGAGCCAGGCCGGCACGGACCCCUGGGGCUCUGGAGGGGUCGCGACCUCUGCUGCUGACCCUUGGGGGUCGGGGGAUCAGCCCGUCCCACCCAGCCAUGCCCCCGUGACCUCCACUGACCCUUGGGGCGAGAGCGGGGGGACUGUUAGCAAGGGGGACCCCUGGAGCUCCACAGCCGUGACCCCUCCACCUCCCAGCUUGGACCCCUGGGGUACACCCGCGAGCCCCCCCCAGAGAGACCCCUGGAGCUCAGAGACUCCUCCCAGUUCUGAUCCUUGGGGGGGUAGAGAAAAGCUGCAGCACAGCAACGGGACUGCAGACUCUGACCCGGGUGAGGCUCCACCCCCCCUCUCCCUUUCUCCGGACUCAUUUGAUUUCUCCUCCAUCGGCUCCUCUCUCCCUCCAUCAGUCCCGGCCCGGAAAACUCCAGAGUCCUUCCUGGGUCCCAACGCCUCGCUGGUGGAUCUUGACUCGCUAGUCUCCCAGAAACCCAAAACCAGUGUGACCAGUGCUCCCAGUGCAGUCUCAGCUCCGGCCUCCAACCCAUUCCUCAACACUGGUGUCUCUACCAGUGCCGCCCCCCUUCCUUCUUCCCGAGGGGUCUCCCCCAACCCUUUCUCCUCCUCCCCUCCUCCCCCCUCCUCAUCCUCUCUCAACCUGGGCCAGUUAUCCCAGUUCAACCAGCAGCAGCAGCAGCUCCGCACCAGUCCCUUGCCCCCCCCUCUCUCCAUGGGAAUGGUUCAGCCUGGGCCCCCCCCCCUCUCCAUGGGAAUGGUUCAGCCUGGGCCACCCCCUCUUUCUAUGGGAAUGGUUCAGCCUGGGUUCCCCUAUCCCACUGUCUCGCCCCUGGGGGGUCCCGGGGGCCCCAUUCUGAUUGGGGCCCCUCAUAUGAUGAUGGGAAUGCCAGUGGGCCUGCCCCCUUCCAGUAUGACCAGUUUGCCCAGUAACAGCCAGACUAGCACAGGAGGAGGAGCCAGCAGCACCAACCCGUUUCUGCUGUGAGAGGGGAGAGGGGAG